UCUUUAAGUAACCUCUGUUUCUUCCUCUCCUUCCUUCCUUCCCUCCCUCCCCACUAUAAAUCCCUCCGUUUCGCCCGGCUCAACGACUUUUUUCACCCCUCGCGCUGGUUCCAAUCGCGAAUCCCCCCGUCCUCGUUCCCGAUCCGGCGGUCGUCUUCUCCGCGGAAAAAGGGCCUCCGAUUCCUCGGGAUAUCGCCAUGGCGACUUCCACCGCGCCGCCGCCGCCGUCGUCCGCGGCGGACGAGCAGCCGGGACGACCGGACCAGCAGCCGCCGCCGCCGCCGCCGCCGCAGCACCUGCAGCAGCAGGAGGAGGUUCAGGUUCAGCCUCAGCCGCCGAACGCGGCGGAGAAAGAAUGCGUCCACAAGACGAAGCUCGUCCAGUUCCUCGGCCGCUCCACGCCAAUCGUCCUCCAGAACGAUAAUGGCCCUUGCCCCCUCCUCGCCAUCUGUAAUAUUCUUCUAUUGCGGAACAGCCUGAACUUGAAUCCUGAUGCAGCUGAGGUUUCUCAAGAAAAGUUGCUGUCUCUGGUGGCCGAACGACUAAUUGAUUCCAACAGCAAUAUUAAUAAUAAGGAUGCGGGCUAUGUUGAAAAUCAACAACAGAACAUUGCGGAUGCAAUUGAUCUGCUGCCACACCUUGCGACUGGCAUUGACGUAAAUAUAAAGUUCAGGAGGAUAGAUGACUUUGAAUUCACCAGAGAAUGUGCAAUCUUUGAUCUGCUGGACAUUCCACUCUAUCAUGGAUGGAUUGUUGAUCCCCAGGAUGAUGAUACUGCAAUGGCAAUUGGAUCCAAGUCGUAUAAUGCCCUUAUGGGUGAGCUUGUUGCGCUAGAAACAAGAAUGAUGGAAGAACAUAAGGAAGACAGUGGAGAAGAUUGUGUUGAUUUUGCUGCUGCAGCUACUGCAGCUCUUGGAGUGCCUUCUCCAUCCCUUUCAAAGGUCAGCUCACUCGAUGGUUCUCCACGUUCAGGGUCUGAACCCCAGAUAGCAAGGAAGGGGGAUCUUGAAGAAAAAGCGGAGCUGAUGAUAGCUUUAAAGAUGUCGAUUGAAGGACCUAAUUCGUCAAGUAACUCAUUCAUCGUGGAUAAUGGCACAUUUAAUAACUCUAGCGACUUUGACGAAGGUAGUUGUGCCCAGGAGUUUGUGCAUGCAGAUGCACUUGGUAGAUUACAGGACUCUAGUGGUGUUGAAAAUAUCUCUCGUCAGCUGGAACCACCUCUUGUGGUUGCUGAUGUUACACUGACUGAUGAGAACUAUCCAGUGACUGCCAGAACUUGUCUGGGGGAAGUAGUUCCUCCAUCCUUAAAGACGGAUGUCGCAGACCACAUUCAUCAGUCUAAGCAUGCAGAAAGUGGGGAUGCUGCCAUUCAGGAUGAUUUGAUUGACCUGAGAGAUGUCGACACUUCAGUCCAGGUUGAAAAACCUUCUGUAUUGUCUCCUGUUAAACUGGAUGGUGCUAUGGAUGAGGGUUCGAUUUUAUCUUUGCAACUAAAUGGGAAGGUAGAUAAACCAGCUUCUCCAGUUUAUACUGCUGAAGCAGCAGAUCAUCAGACUGGAUGUGACGCAGCGGGAUUUUUGAGAGUCUCUGUGCCAAAUGUUGAUUCAGAUGCCUCUGGUGGCAAAUUGCAGCACGUAGAUGUUGCUGAACCUUAUACACCCAGCAUUGAUGGCAGUGAACCCAUAUAUGAGGGAGAGGAAUGCAUUUUGGAUUCUGGCACAGCAGCCUGUGAAGAUAGAGAACCUAUAUAUGAAGGCGAGGUGGUUCUUGCUAAACAAGCUGACAAAGCAACUGAAGAUGCCUAUAAUGUUAUUAGGGAUGAAAUGACCCCACAACAGGGGGAAUUAGUGCGGAAUUUCUUGAAUGGCAGUGCCAAUCAGUUGACCAUAUAUGGCCUUUUUUGUCUACAAGAUGGUCUUAAAGAGCGAGAGCUUUGUGUGUUCUUUCGUAACAAUCAUUUCAGUACCAUGUUUAAGUAUGAAGGUCAACUAUAUCUAUUAGCUACAGACCAAGGUUACCUAAAUCAGCCUGAUUUGGUGUGGGAGAAAUUGAAUGAGGUCAAUGGGGACACCGUGUUCAUGACCAGCAAUUUUAAGGAGUUUAAGAUGGAAAGUCCUACAAAUGAUACGUGGGAUGAGCAUAAUGCCAUGGCCAGCACAGCUGACUAUCUUGCCAGCAUCGACAAUACAACACAUGCAGGCUUGGAUAUGAAUUCCGACUUUCAAUUGGCAAUGGCUCUGCAGCAACAAGAGUUUGAGCGACAACAACCACAACGCAAUAAUGUGCAACAACAGCCAACUGGUUCUUCAAGGCUGAUUACUGGUCCACAGGUAGGAAGAUAUGGAGGGAGAAAUCCAUCACCUUCGAACAGGGCUGAUGCAAAAUCAAAGGAUAGAUGUAUCAUUAUGUGAACAGUGUGCAUUGUAGGUGAGUUCAUGUUGUAAAUGGUUUGCCUUGUUCCAAUUGUAUGUCACGAUAUUAAUCAACCUUUCUGGAAAUAUAUGUGGAUUUUCACCCAAUCUUUGAUUUUCUGCUGUAAAUAGAUUUCUAGGACUUGCAUAUUCCUUUAGCAGCCAAGAAGCUUUGAUUUUGUUGUUUCAUUUGUAAUGAAGCAUCACAUGGAAAUAUGUGGAUCAUCGCAUAGAAAGGGAAUACAUGAAUAAUACGGGAUUUGAGGAGAUACAGAUGGAGCCAUGUGACUCAAGGCUUUGAUAGUUUGGGAAUGCAUGUUAUAUGCUCUUACAUUAUAUGAGGGGAGAGGUUGGGAACAGCGCUGCCAUCUAUACUGCAGCUGGAUUUGAUUAUUUGAGAAAACUUAAUGCAGUGGGUUUUCUUGCUA